AGGGAUUGUUAUCACGAGAACCCCAUUGUCGUCGCAUUGAAUUAAAGUAGCCCUUGCGUUUGGCGGCUCAUCAUGGCAGAUACAGACACGCCCGGCACAACAGAGCUGCGCCUAGGCACGGGAAGCGGCAUCGUCACCCGGCGCAUCUUGAACACGCCACUCCGCGACGCCUUGCCGUCCGAAAUCCCCAUCAUUGACGUAGCCGAUGUCUACAGCGAGGAUGUCACCAAGCGGAAAGCCGUUGCGGAACAAGUGAGAGCGGCGGCCAUGAACACGGGCUUCUUUUACGCCAAGAACCACGGCGUAUCAGAGGACAUGAUUGCACAUACAUAUUCGACCAUGUUGGACUUUUUUCAUCAGGAUCUUGACACCAAGAUCAAAGCAGAUAGCGCCAACACUCCGGAUCACAUGUACGGGUACCGACCGCCUCGUUCGCAGAUUCUUAGUCGCGAUGAGGGUGUGGAUGUGCGUGAGGCGUUCUUCUGGCACUAUGAUCCGCCGAGAGAUGGAGAGUCGGAGCGAACGUAUCCCGAGUACAUGAAGGGCCGUAUGACGAGUGAUCAGUUCGAAGACAAGUUCAAGGAGGCCCUGGUUCCUGGUCUGCGUGCGGCACUAAACGACUACUCAAUGCACUUUACCAAGUUGGCACAUGCACUGACGCGGACGUUUGCUCUAUCGCUAGACUUGGAGGAGGACUACUUUCACACGGCGAUUCGGCACCCCGAGGUCUCGCUGACGGCCAACUACUACCCGCCUAUAGCUAAGCCGCCAACGCCGUCUGCGGCAAGCGAGGUGUCGAUUGGGUCGCAUACGGAUUUCCAGUUCUUUACGAUCCUGUCGCAGGACGAUGUGGGCGGACUGCAGGUGAUUACGCGGGAGGGCCAAUGGAUCAGGGCGCCGCCUAUUCCAGGGACCGUGGUUGUGAAUAAUGGCGACUAUAUGCAGCGCAUCACGAAUGACAAGUACAUCUCGAGUGUGCAUCGAGUGCACAACUGGAGCGGUAAAGAGCGCAUGAGUAUCCCGUUCUUCUGGGGCUAUGCGCUGAGCGAGAAGCUUGUGGUGUUGGAGAAUUGUGUGGGCGAGGGCGAGGAGAAGAAGUAUGCGGAUAUUGGGUGUCAGGAGUGGGUGGAGUGGCGGAUGAAAGAUAUGAUGGCGCUGAAUGCGGAAGCGUAAAGAACGCUGAGCUUACUCUUUUUUUCUGUACAUUUAUAUAUAUAAAUAACGAUUCCUCUAUAAUUUUGAAGCUAAGCUUUGAAGGCAUGGGCAAACUAGAUGACAAGUAGGAG